AUGGGUUACUCGUGCCAUGGAUUCAGACAGCCCAAGGAAUUCUUCGAAAGUUGGAUUUUCCCACAGGAUGUCAGGAAUUCACAGAUUCACGGUGUUUCACCUGCACUUUGUGAAUCUUGCCCUGGCUUCUGCUUUUUGGUUUUUACUAUGGAGUUUUCUACAGCCCAGUGGAUCCCGAUUCCCUACUCAAAGGCCAGUGGACUGGCGAGCGAUUUGACACUUACAGAUUCGAAUAACGCAGAGGCCUAUAACGAGUUGCUUGGGCAAGGUGGUAUCCAGCUUGACGACUUCUUUGCAGCACCGGUGGGGUCUACUGGCAAUAUCCAAACCUUUUCACAAGACCUUCCAAGCACCUUCAUAGCGCAGGACGUUGGUGAAGAUGGAGGUUUUGAUCCAUUCGUUAUGGGAAUGAACAUGGACCCAGUUUGGCCAAUGACCUCGUUCGGUUCAGAACCCAGUCUUUUUGCAAGCAUCGAUGACGGGGCAUUGCCUGCAAUGGAUGAUAAUCAAACCAACCCCAUUGAUAAUGUCGGGAGCUUUGAUCAGACUGCGGCUGCCAAUAACAUGGAACCUAGUACUACUGGGCAAUCCAAUUCUACAGCUGUAAUCCAAUCUGGAUCCAUGCCUGAAAACCAGACUAUGGUAGGUCUGCAGGGCCCAGAAGCCCUUGGCUUAGCUUCUACCAUGUUCGCUCGUGGAAGGGCGCCUAUCAGCGUUCCUAUGAAUGGCGUUCAGCAGAAUACUCUGAAGCAGACGCGCGAAACCCUACCGAUGGGAUUCAGCCCAAUGGAUUUUUUCGGUUUUGCUGGUACUGCUGUUAACAACUCGGGCGCCUCAUAUGACAAUGACGAAGCCAAUGAGGCCUUUCUAAAUAUUGGAAACAACCUUUUGAGAAAUGCCGAGAACAACAACAACAACUAUGUGAACAAUGCUUCCAGCAACUAUGCGAACAAUGCUUCCAACAACCUCGUGGAAAAUGCUUUGGAAAAUGCUCCGGACAAUCAGGCGGAUAAUGCCUCGAGGGGCUCAUACAAUUCCACACCCACCGAGCAGGCCGCAAGCACAUUCGGCAAUGAAAUCGGAAAACAGAAUGGCUCUUCAAAUGGAUCUCAAAAGAGUACUCCUCCUUCGCAGCCAGUUCAUGCUGCUGGUGGGCCCCAGGGAACAGCUAUGCCGACAAUCCAAGUCGAUAGAAACCGAUCUAAUUCUGGCUCUUCGCGCAAUUCUGGUACCUCCCAGAGAUGCAAAGCAUCCUCGCCUGUGGAUCAGAUUACUGGAAACACUGGAAGCGAAAACACCGGCAAUCAGAUUACUGGACAUCAGAUCUUUGGAAGCCAGGUUGCUGGGCAUCAGAUCACCGGUAAUCAUGGCAUUGGAUUUACACCCCAGCAAUGGACUCAGGCGUGCCAGGGUAUCUUCUCUUCUCAGCAGGUUGCCAGUCAAAAUAACAGAGUGAUCCGGUCUUCGCCAGAGUCUGGAUCUGGACCGAUGAACUCCAGCCCACCCGACUAUCUGCCUGGCCAGCUUGGGACAGCCGAGGAACUUAAUCAAGAUGGCUCAUCAGGAGGAAGCGGGUUUUCUGUGCAGCAGAACACACACCCCCAUGCGUAUCAUUUGGCCGCUGUUCAGAGCGAAGCCACCAUCCCAGUUGAUAUGUCUGGCCAGCCGGUCGUCACCGCUCCAGCCCCUGUCCAUAACCUACAGCCAAGCUUCGUUCCACUGAUCGAGCAGCUGAUGAACCCUGAAGUUUAUAACAUCGACUGCAGUACAUUGUAUGCUUCAGUCGAAGAAGCCAGGGCAGCCCGUCCGGUGCAGGAUGGUGUUCGAGAGGAUACAACCCUGCCCACCAAUGAUCUCCAGAAACAGGCGAUUGUUAGAGCCCUCACCAAGGCAAUGUUCAGUACCCAGAACGCCGAAGACAACCCCGGAAUGAUUAAGCCAUUCAAAGAGGGCAAGUAUAGCGCCGAGAGGGUCGAGUGUGUCUGCUGGGAGAUACUGGACUGCGUUAUUACCAGACAAAUCUCGGGCUCAUUGUUGGCAGUUCAUGGACUGAAGAAAAAGAUUACGAGCGAUUUGAUGACGUUCGCCGAACAUGCUCCAUACAUGCAUCAAUUUGUUGAUGAUCCGCAGGCUGCCUAUAAGCGUGUCAUUGCGAAUAAGACACUGAAUAAGCGCAAGGGAGAAGUGAUGAAUGCGGGCAAGCAAGUUCUUGGUGCCAAAAAGGCCGCUGAAUCUAACGCAAUCAGCCAGUCGGUUAAGGUUGCCGCCCCUGCAAUGCCCACAGCAUCUACCAUGCCGAACAUGGCCAACGUGCCUGCAGUGACUAACGCCGGUGUUGCAAUGACUCCAAACAACAAUCCCGGAAGCAUUGCAGCGACCGGAAGAAACCCACCUCCUGCCACUCCAACCCAUAUGUCCCAGCCGGUGAACCUCAUGGCCCCGGCAAACAGAGCGAGAUACCAAAUGCCGAUGAGCGCAGGCACUCCAACACCUGUUAACCAAGUCAGACUGGGUCCAGUGCAAUACCACUCGGCACCUCUGAACAGAAUUGCCGCUGCUCAAGCAUAUCACAACCGUAUGAUGGGUGGCCCAACCUCGCAUCCAAGAACAAAUGCCGGCUCCGUCACAAUGCCCCCGACCACUCAGGCUUCUCCUUCUCCUUAUGACCCAGAACAAACCCUUAACAACUUGUUGCUACGUAAUUUGAUGGCGAAUCAGAAUCAAGUUGCUCCUGAAACCAUGUCAUACCCACAAAUGGGAUACCAAUCACGGAUGGUCAACCCACACCAAAUGGGCAGCCAACCCCAAAUGGGACACCAAACCCAUAUGGGACCUCAAACACAGGUGCCAGGCACUGGAUCAGGUACACGCAAACGCAGAAGGGAAGAAUCAGAUGCCGAAGACACUUCUCCUUCCGCCAAGCGGCAGCAUUAA